UAUCGGAGGCCGAGUUUGCCACGUCGUCUAGGGGUAAAAAUGGGAACACGAGCGAUCUACAGCAACCUCGUGCAGAAAGACAUCGCCCUUACCGACCACAUGGAGUCGCUAUCAUUAAAAUCAGACACGGAAUCUUCGAUUCAGUCAUUGUCCGCACGAUCAACGGAAUCUCCUCUACCGGAAGCAUACGUGCUCAACGCUGACAUCCGUACAGAUGACGAGACGUUCCGUGUGCCGGAGGACGAGUCGAUGUCCGCUUCCUUAGCAGCGCGUCUUGAAGAGUUAUCUUUUGCCGAGGAACGAAUCCUGCUCGUCAGCAAGUUAAUCGUCAUUAAGUUGGAUUGGGGACACGGUGGCAGCAUAGGGUUUACAUGUGACAGAGGAUAACGA